AUGUCCUCGUAUAGACUUCAUGUCGCACAUUUUUUAAGAAAAAAAAAGAUUAUUACUAUUAUUAAUGGCGAAGAGUUUAACAUAGAAUUAGACGAAUUUUAUAGUUUACAAGAAUUGCGAAAAAUACUGGUUUCAAAUAAAGGUAUUUUAAUAGAUUGGAGAAAUGCACACUUUAUAGAUACAGCCAAAGAGAAAAUAUCUCAUGACAGAGAAGAUCUUUAUAAGGCUAAGGAUAUUUUAGUUCAAGAUGACGAUUAUUAUGCUUUAUAUAUAGAGGUAAACGCACCAAUUCCGAACAUGCCAGAAAUUAUAAAAAAAUUUAAGAUAGAUAAAGGGUAUAUAUUGGAUAAUGGCACUAUUGUUGCGGCAAAUAAGCAAGCAUUUUAUAUAGACGACAUUUCUAUUAAUGUUAAAGACACGUAUAAUCCAAGUGACGAAGUAGAAGGCAGCAAAGUAAUUUCAUCAAAUGAAUGCAAACUAUAUUAUGCUGAAAAAGCCGCUAUUCUAUUAUCACAUGAAAAUUUGAAAUUAACAAAAGAAUAUUAUUAUGCCAUCAAGAAUAUAAUCUGUCAAAAACAUUGGAGCGACACAGAAAAAAUAGAUGCUUUAAAUAAAAUUGGUGAAGAUUACGGUUUUUUCUGGCCUAGAGAAAUCAUGCUUGACGGUAAAAUUAUGCAAUUUAUCGAUUCUAAAUCACAACUUCAACAUAGAGUACUUGGUGGUGAUAUUCUAAUGUCAGAAAAUAAAAAAGAUUGGCUACAGCAUUUAAAACCUUACAAAAAUUGGGAGAUUAUUGGAUAUAAUAAUAGAAUUUCACUUUAUGAAUUGCUUGAUGAAAAUCUACAGCGUGAAAUAAAAAGGCUGUUUGGAAUGAAAGUGUAUCAUUUAGAUGCGUUAUCUAUUAAUAAAACUAUACCAGUAACCGGGUUAUAUUAUCGUAUUCCUAAGCCACCAAAGAUUACCUCGUUUGGGGACCAUAAAAUAUUUGCAUCCAUAAUAAAUAAAACAAGUAGUGUAUUUGCGAUCCGUGUCGAUUAUCCAGAUCCAGAGAAACCGCAUUUUGUAAUUCAUCGUAUUGAUGCAGGAAAUGAAGAUUCAUCACCAGUCAAUCUUUUGAUACCGUGGAUGAUUAUUGGAUUUAUAGAUAAAUUCCCGACUGAAUCAUAUUCUAUUAGUUAUCCUCGUAUCGAUCUUUGCACUUAUGAUUAUGAUUAUCAUGAUAGUAUUAAAAAUAUUUUCGAGGAUGAUGAUUAUGAUUAUCAUGAUAGUAUUAAAAAUAAUAUCGAGGAUGAUUAUGAUUAUGAUCCUAAAUCUAACAUUACAAGGAUAAAAAAAAAUAUCAAGACCGAUAAUUCUUACGAUAAUUAUAACAAUAAUGGCGAUAAUUUUACCGUUUAUUGUAAUAACAAUAAUUGUAGCGUUUAUUAUAAUUAUAGUUAUAGUGAUAUAAAUAGUUAUAAUGAUAAUUAUCGUGAUACAGAUAAUUAUAGUGAUGGUAUUGAUAUCGAUUACAAGGAUAAAGAUUUUUCCGAGCAUGUUUCUAAAUUUGAUCGUUGCAAAGAUAAAAUA